CGCCGCGACGCCACGAUUAAUAUCGACUCGCCGCCGUGACGGUCCUGCUAGCUCGAUCAGACGACGCGCGCUGCACCGGGAGCUAGCGCGACGACGAACACCAUGGCGCUCGCCUCCACCUCCGCCACCGCGUCCGCGGCCGUGCUCAAGACGCCCUUCCUCGGCGCGAAGCGCGCGCUCGCCAAUGCCGUCGGCGUCGCCGGCGCCAAGCCGGGCGCCCCGCGCCGCGUGCUCGUCGUGUCCGCCAAGAAGUCGUGGAUCCCGGCCUUCAAGAGCGACGCCGAGUUCAUCAACCCGCCCUGGCUCGACGGCUCGCUCCCCGGAGACUUCGGGUUCGACCCGCUGGGGCUCGGCAAGGACCCGGCGUACCUCAAGUGGUACAGGGAGGCGGAGCUGAUCCACGGGCGGUGGGCGAUGGCGGCGGUGCUGGGCAUCUUCGUCGGGCAGGCGUGGAGCGGCGUGGCGUGGUUCGAGGCCGGCGCGCAGCCGGAGGCCAUCGCGCCCUUCUCCUUCGGCUCCCUCCUCGGCACGCAGCUGCUGCUCAUGGGCUGGGUGGAGUCCAAGCGGUGGGUCGACUUCUUCAACCCGGACUCGCAGUCGGUGGAGUGGGCCACGCCGUGGUCCCGCACCGCCGAGAACUUCGCCAACGCCACCGGCGAGCAGGGCUACCCGGGCGGCAAGUUCUUCGACCCGCUCGGCCUCGGCGGCGAGACCAGGGACGGCGUCUACAUCCCCGACACCGAGAAGCUCGAGCGGCUCAAGCUGGCCGAGAUCAAGCACGCCCGCCUCGCCAUGCUCGCCAUGCUCAUCUUCUACUUCGAGGCCGGCCAGGGCAAGACGCCGCUCGGCGCGCUCGGCCUAUGAGCAAUCCACCCCACCCCGCUCGCUCGCCAUGGAUCCACACAGAGUUGGGUUUCCGCUUGCGUGCGCUCGUUUGAUCGCCACCAGUUGCGUCGGGCGCAUGUCGGAUGGGUCGAUCGAUUGGAGGACGGAGGAGCCGUAGCAAAAAAUGUAUCUUGCUGUGUUCUUGGCCGCUUUUGGAUUGGGUGGUGUGCGCGUGAACAAAAUGGGGAAUUAAUCAAGGGAGUUCUUUUUUCCUUUUUCCUUCCCGGUCUAUGUACCAUGUAAUAUAUAAAUUAAGGCUGCAGGAUGAGCAAGGAUAUUUCAUUGAUCUCA